AUGUUCAGAAUUCUUGAGGUGGAGUCGGAGAAGCUGGCCCGCCUGUUGUUUAACGUCCUGUUCGAGACAUGCUCCCUGUGGGUGAAGGAGCUGCCGUUCCAGCGCCGCCCUCAGCCGUACUACGAGACGUCCAUCCACGCCAUCAAGAACAUGCGGCGCAAGAUGGAGGACAAGCACAUCAUCAUCCCAGACUUCAACUCUCUGUUCAACAUACAGCACCUGCGCUGCGGCACCACUGGUGUGGUGACGUUCCUGCGCGGCAACACGCUGCAUGUGGCGUGGCUCGGAGACUCCCAGGUCAUCCUGGUCCGGAGGGGGCAAGUGGUGGAGCUCAUGAAGCCUCACAAACCGGACCGAGAGGAUGAGAAGAAGAGGAUCGAGGCUCUGGGAGGAUGUGUGAUCUGGUUUGGGACAUGGAGAGUGAACGGGAGUCUGUCUGUGUCCAGAGCCAUAGGGGACUCUGAACACAAGCCGUACAUCUGUGGCGACGCAGACCGCAGCCUGUUCCCACUGGACGGUACAGAGGACUACCUGAUCCUGGCCUGUGAUGGAUUCUGGGACACGGUAGGCCCUGAGGAGGCGGUGCGCGUGGUCAGCGACCACCUGAACGAGAACACGGGCGACACCACCAUGGUCGCACACAAACUGGUGGCCUCAGCGCGAGACGCCGGCUCCAGCGACAACAUCACUGUCAUGGUGGUGUUUCUGAGGGACCCUCGUUGCCAAGGCAGCCUGGACGAGGAGGAGGAGCCUAUGGAGCGGGCGGAGCCAGCAGAGGAGGGAGGGGCAGGGGAGGAGGAAGAGGAGGGGGAGGAUGAGGAAGAGGAGGGCAGCAGAGUGGAGCGUAGUGGGGAGGGGGGCUCAAACGCAGACCAGGGAUUGAAGUCUCGAGGUUGGCCCCUGCAGCAGUGUUCGGCCCCUGCGGACCUGGCCUAUGAAGACCGCACAGACUCUUUGACUGACAGGACCACCCUAAGCCUGGGGCCCCCCCUCCUGAGCCUGGGCCCCCCCAACCUGAGCAUGGGGCCCCCCUUCCAGAGCCCCAUCGCCCUGCCCAGGAUCUCAGGCAGAGACGGCCCCCAGCGGCGGAGGUCCCUGCUCUGGUCUCAGGAGCUGGGUUCCACGGCCCCCCUGGGCUCCACGGCCCCUCUGUCCUCUGUGUCUUGUCUGUUUCCUCACGCAGCAGCUCAGAUGUGCCCGAGGCGGGGCCCUCGCUCGGCCUUCAGGCCGGGGCACGAGCGGCGCCGCCUGCGUAGGGCCCUGGGGUCUACCCCCCACAACCCCCAGGCCCCAGGCCCCCUCUUCCCCCUGUAUCCCCCUGCAGAGGUGUGCAGACACAGGCCUGGAGACGCCCGCCUGCAGCUGCCUCAGUGA